AAAGAGAAUGUGGCUGUGAACUCGGGUCAGCAUGGAGCCCCCCUCACCCCCAUACCUCACAACAUUCUGAGAUAGGAAUGAGGGACAUCUAUUGGUAAAAGAAGAACUGACACUGGCCCUAUGAUGAGUUACAGUAAGAAUUGCAAUGAAAAAAAAACCAUUGUUGUAAAAGCUUCAGGGAAUCAUACUGAGGAAGGCUUCGGGGAGGACCAGCAUCUUAUUGGGAAAUGAGGGCUCUGAGAAUUGUAGAAAAGCCAAGCAUAAAAUUUCUCUCUGGCCUGGAUAUUGAGACAAGUUCUGUUCCUCUGGACUCCAUCCCUCCAAACACACACACUUCGCUGAAAGAAAUAAGGGAACGAUGGCAGCAGAGUCUAUCCAUUCAGAGACCCUCUAGAACAAGCGCUGUAAGCUCAGCGCUUCAAUCAACGUUUAUUCCGGGCAGCGUGGGUUCACCAGACUUCUCCGAUGUUAGCAAUGUUUUCUUCACAUUGGAGAGGCAAAGUACAGAACCGGAUGCAGCCAAGGAGGUCGUGCCUCGUCGCAGGACAAGGGAGAGCCCCCUUAAACCUUGGAACCCCAAUGACUUUACGGGUGUUUUUUUAAAUAACCAAGAAAAAGAUCUUGGUCGGAAGCAAACGCAGAAUUUACAGGACAAGUUGUCUGCUGUUGAUGGCUCCUUGAGCAGCACCAGUAGUUUGAGUGUUUUUGAGGACGAUGUUGGUCAUGUAGAGGAUGAAAUACCCCAAGAAGACCAAGAAAUUGCUACAGCUGCUAAAGCCACCAGUCCAAAGUUGGCUAAUCAGAGGCUUCCCAGAGCAGUCCAGGCAAGGAAAACGUCAGAUCCUCAGCCUGAAAAAGAGAGAACCAGCCACGAUCCUCUUGAUGAUCUCUAUGAACUUGCGCUUACUUCACCGAAAAUAGUAAUACGCAUCCCCCGAAAAGAGAGAUCUCCUGAAGUGACCUUGGAAAAAGAUAACCACCCAAAGCAGGAUAACCAUUCGAAACAAGAGGAUAAGGUUGUACUGAGCGAGUGGUUUGUGAAAGGUGUUGAGAACAAAGGAGUAUAUGUAGAAGGAAAGCGAGUAGACAGUGAGGACCUGCACUGGCACAGCAAUAUUAUUGUGCAUCGCAUUGAACCACACAAAGUGAAGACUCUGACAGGCCGAGUGUAUGAGCUGCAGGGGCACCUAGACAAGGCCUGCAUGUUGCAAACUGGUUGUCCAUCCUGGCUGGUAGAAAAGUUUGAAUUUGGUUUUCCCGACAACUGGAAAAGCUAUGUCACAUUCUUCAUACAGUCGUUACAAAGUGCUGUAAUACCUUACCAGCCCGAGGACCCUACAAGCAAAGAUAAUGUAACAAAGACAACUUCUGGUUCCUGUCCAGAUACAAAGAGCAAAAAGCCCAGCAGUUAUACCAAGUGGAAAAAUAAGAUUUCAAGUAGAGAAUUGGAACUCCCAGUUGGAGAGCACGACUAUGAAGAUGGAUCAUGUGGUAAACUUUCCAUCCAGUCUUUGACUACUCGCAGUGGGCGCCAGGUAAAGCCUAUUUUGAAGUAUUGGUGUGGAGAGAGACUAUCGGUCGACUUCCAGUUGAACACCAGCAUUAUCAGAGCAGACAGGGAUGCUCUAACAGAGUCUAUUGAACGUAUGCAUGGCUUGUUUCCAAGGACGAGCAACGGAAAGGGAAGUUCAUCAAAGUCGUCGUCUAAAACAAAAAUGCUGAAUAAAGAAGAACUACCGGUCAAGGAGACACCGGUCAAGGAGACCAACUCUAGAAGUCAAACUUUGAAAAAUAGACAACGGAAUGUCAAGAGGUGUCCGCUGAAACCCAUGAGCGUAAUGCUCACCCCCUUGAACACCAGAAAACAGAUUAAAAAGAGGUGUUUGCAACAUCAGGUUCAGUUUCACAGCUCGAGCUGUUCCAAUAGUUCCUCCAAUGUUUCCUCAGGAAAGACAGAUUUGGGGUAUAAAAAAUCAAAAGAGAAGAAAACUGGGAAUAACAAAGCCACUUCCAGUUUUCCACAAGACCUAGAAGAUUCUGAGGCAAGCACUUUGACAGAAAGCAGUAAAGCUGAAAGCAGGUCCUCUAGUGGUAUUACCGUAACCAGUGAGGAUGAAAAUAGGUCCUCUAGUGGUAUUACCAUAACCAGUGAGGAUGAAAAUAGGUCCUCUAGUGGUAUUACCAUAACCAGUGAGGAUGAAAGCAGGUCCUCUAGUGGUAUUACCAUAACCAGUGAGGAUGAAAGUAGGUCCUCUAGUGGUAUUACCAUAACCAGUGAGGACGAAAGUGAGUCCUCUGAUGAUUACCAACCUUCCACUAUAAAAAAAGGGAAGAAGUCUAAAAAAGCUUUACAAAUAAAGCCAAAGAGUUUUAAAACAAGUAUGCAACAAAUGGUCCACCCUACAGGACUUCAAAAUGGUGUCCGAGCCUCCAAAAGGUUGAAACAUAAAAAGAGUUUGAGUAAGGGCCGUGUGAAAGAAAUGCAGAAGUCAACCCUUAGAAGACCACUAUCUGGUUAUCCAGUGUCAUUGGCUAAUAUAACAGAAGCUUCUGAAGAAGAAAGCCUUACCGGGUCUAAGAGCCCGCCGCACCUUCAGCAGAUGCUAAAUUCUGAUCUUUCUGACACAAGUGGAACGCAGACUUCAGGGACUGAGCAGCCAAUAUCUGAUUCUGAGAAACCUCCAGAAGUGGAGAAGGUAGCUAUUUUAUGUGAAAACAUCAGCAAAUGUGCUGUAAGGAAAAGGAAUGAAGCCAUUCUACAUAAGUCAACCAAGCAGAAGGCAGAACCUGUUGAAACUUCACAGAAUAGGAAAAGGUUGUCCCUUUAUUCUUCAAAAGCACAAAGAUCUUUAACAGAAUCUCAGGACUCUGAAGAAGAAGAAGCAGAAACAUGGGCCUGCAGGCAGGUGCCGAAUAGUCAGAAGUCAACCCUUUCCAAACCCACUCGGGAAUGGAAUACUGGAGCGGAAUCCUCCCAUUCGGAAGAAGUGUCUAGACCUUUGAAUAGUGUGAGGGGGAUAAAAAGACAUCUCAAUUCCAAGAAAGAUAAUAAACAAACCUCUCAUUCUACUCAACCGUUGGAUGACUUUGAGGAAGAAAGCUCUCAAGAUAAUUUGGCAUGGACAGAGCCUUGUGACAAAGUAGCUGUUCCUUCUAGAAAAUCUCAAAGCAUUUUCGAUUUUGAAGAGUCUGAAGUGGAAACGGCGUCUAGAAAGGAUCUGUCUGAAACUGUGAAGUCAAAAAAUAAAAUGUUGCUUUCUACACCCGGCCCACAGAAAAGACAAAAUACUAAUUCACAGAAAUCUCAAAGACCGGCUAAAAAGCAGGAGAACACUAAGACGCACUUUACAACAAAAAAAAUUGCAACCAAGCGGUCAAAUCCUAGAGCACAUCGAAGGAAAACCAAUCCAUCUGAAGAAUCUUCAGAGUCUGAAUUAGACUUUGCUGAAGAAGAAGAUGAAGAUGAUGAUGAAGAGGACUAUGAGUCUGAGCGGGAAGUCAAGACGAAAGCCAAAGGGAAGACCACCAAACCAAGUAAUCAAUUGCGGAAUUUUCAGAAACAUCAGCAAACCUUAAGAGGCAACAGUGCUUCAAAAAGACUUUACAGAAAAUCCCAAAAUGAUGAUUUGGAUUCAGAGUCUGAACUGGAAAUGGUUCAGUGGAAGGAUUUGCACCAAACUGCCAAGUCAAAAAAUAAAUUAUUGGUUCAUACUCCUGGAUCACAGAAAAGUCACAACGCACGUUCCCAAAAAUCUCAUAGAGGGGCCAUAGAGCAAGAGAACACUGAGAAGCACUUCACACGAAUAGAUGAUACAAAGAAGCAGUCAAAUCCUAGUUUAAGUAAAAAGAAAAGCAGUCCGAGAGAAACUUCACACUCUGAAUUAGACCUUGAAGAUGAAGAAGAUAAAAGCGAAGAUGACUCUAAGCCUAAGAGGAAAGCCAAUACAGAAGUCAACAGGAAGGCUACCAAACCAAGUCCUCAGUUGCAGCAUCUUCAGAAACAUCAACAAAACUUGAGAGGCAACAAUGCAUCAAGAUCACCUACUCAUUCCCAUCCAGAACGUCAACUGCCCCAGAACCCAUUGGCAGCACUGGUUCAUCAGGAGGACUGGACAGAGAAAGAAGUGAAAAGACUUUACAGUGCAAUUUCUAAACUACCAAAGCGCAAACCUGGGUACUGGUUCGAAGUUGCCAUGGCAGUUGGAAGCCACUCGGCAGAGGAAUGCCAGGAAAAAUACUUGGAAAAACAGCAGACCAAGGGAUCAAAAUCCAAACCCAAGAAAAAAAAUAGUUCAUCUAAGAAUAAAAAAGAGAGUAAAGGAAAGGAGAUGGUACAAGUCACAGCAAAAGAGGGAACCUUGAAAAGAAAGCAGCAGAUGCGGGAGUUCUUAGAUCACACGCAGAGAGAUGAUGACCUAUAUAGCUCCACUAAAAGAGUGAAGGUUUCAGAGACGCAUCGGUGAUCGGAAAACUCUUCAAAAAGGAUGAGGAGUCGUCCUCAGACGAGGAAGAAAAUUAUUAUUUUUCGAAUUCCUUUUCUGAUGAGACCUAGAACCUGAAAUGAUGUAUAUACCGAAUGUGCAGACAUUUUUAUUUCUUGGCAUGGGUGAGGCGGGCUACAUCCAUGGUAUGCGCCACUUAAACCCUCAUCAAAGCAUCUUCCAAUAGGAUAUUAAGGCAACAGAUUUUUAUAUAUAUUUUUUUUUUUUUUUUAGGUUUCCAAAAUGAUGUGGAAUUUUUGAACUUGUUUCAUUAAAGACGUUGUAAAGGUU